UCAAGUGUUGUGUGUUUUGACAUUAAGAAUCUUGUGAAUAUGAAAUUUCUAAUUUUAAUAUCUAUAAUAUAUAUAACAACAGCAGCACAAACAGAAGAUUACUGUUCCAAUACAUUGUGCCCGUCCGGUAAAAAACAUAUAGCAUGCGGCAAUAAUAAACUUUUUUCUAAUACCUGCCCAGAUAAUGUACACCUCAUUAAUAUCACCACACAUAUGAGAACGAUUUUAAGAAUGCAUAAUGAUCGGAGAAAUAUGAUUGCUGGUGGAAAAUUGAAAGGAUUUAGCUCGGCAGUUCAGAUGGCUACUACACAAUGGGGUCAGGAAUUAACAGAACUAGCAGAGCUUAAUGUAAAACAGUGUAAAAUGGAGCAUGAUGAAUGCAGGAAUACAGUGAAUUUUAAUUUUUCUGGACAAAACUUAGCAAAUGUCAAUUAUACAGGCCCGCAAAGCACCGAGUUUGAUGAAUUCAUAAUUAAGGAGAGUAUAACUUCUUGGUGGAAUGAAUAUGAAGAUUGCAAUAUGACUAUUAUAAAUAAAUAUCCAAAAAAUUAUAGUGGACGCACCAUGGGACAUUUUGCUCAAAUGAUUGCUGAAAGAAACACUAGAAUCGGUUGCGCCGCAUCGCGGUUUACAACCGAUGAUGGCAUAAAUCAUUUCAUAUUUGCCUGCAAUUACUCCUACGGUUUGAUUGGAGACCGUCCAGUUUAUGUAAAAGGAAAAAGUGUAUCGAAGUGCAAAUAUGGCCGAAAUUCUUUUUUCAAAAAUUUAUGCUCAGUUAAGGAAAAAUAUGACUUAUUAUAA